AUGUCUGUGAUUCUUUGCACAGCUGGCUACGACCACACCAUUAGGUUCUGGGAAGCACUCUCCGGCAUCUGCUCUCGUACGAUUCAGCACCCCGACUCACAGGUCAACCGUCUCUGCAUAUCUCCCGACAAGCGUUUUCUCGCUGCUGCCGGCCACCACACGGUCAAGCUCUUCGACAUCAAGUCGACCAACCCGAACCCCCUCCUGACCUUUGAGGGCCACACCGGGAACAUCACAGGCGUCGCCUUUCACUGCGAAGGAAAAUGGAUGGUCACAAGCUCUGAGGACGGCACCGUCAAGAUCUGGGAGACACGGUCAGGCCAAGUCCAGCGUAGCUACAGCCACGGCUGCCCCGCCAACGACGUCGUCAUUCACCCGAACCAGGGUGAAAUCAUCAGCUGCGACCGCAACGGCAGCGUUCGCGUGUGGGACCUGGCCGAAAAUAACUGCUCUCACCAGCUGAUCCCCGAAGAGGACGUGUCCGUGUCGAGCGUCACCGUCGCCAGCGACGGCUCCCUCCUGUGCGCGGCCAACAAUGCAGGCAACGUCUUCGUCUGGCAGCUCCUCCAGGCCUACGACCGCACCCAGCUCGUUCCCGUAACCCACUUCAGCGCCCACAAGGAGUACAUCACCCGCAUCCUCCUCUCGCCGGACGUCAAGAAGCUCGCCACGUGCAGCGCCGACCACACGGCCAAGAUUUGGGAGGUCAAGGACAUCGAGCCCGUUCCCGACGAGGAGGGCCCCAAGCCCUACCCUCUCGAGGCCACUCUCAACGGCCACCAGCGCUGGGUCUGGGACUGCGCCUUCAGCGCCGACUCAGCCUACCUAGUCACGUCGUGCUCAGACCACUACGCGCGACUGUGGGAGCUGCAUAGCCAACAGAUCAUCAGGCAGUAUAACGGACAUCAUAGAGGAUCUGUUUGUGUAGCGCUUAACGAUUACUCCGAGGCAAGAUGA